AUGUAAGGCGUAAUAGCUGGUACUUGAACAGUGAGUGUUUUGCUUUACCUUCUGAGCAAGUGACAGGCACACGGGAGGAGGGAGAAGUUUUUUGUAGCUUCGCUUGCUCCUCUUCAUCAUGGAGACUCGGGCACAUUUCACCCGUGAGGAAAUUAACAGCACGGUGUGGGAAGUCCAGGAGAAAUACACGCACCUGAAACAGAUAGGGACCGGGGCUUACGGCUCGGUAUGCUCAGCACUAAAUGAGAAGAAUAAAGAAAAGGUGGCCAUUAAAAAGCUCCACAGGCCUUUCCAGUCAGAGAUCUUUGCUAAGAGGGCCUACCGAGAGCUCCGACUGCUCAAACACAUGAAACAUGAAAAUGUGAUAGGACUUAUCGAUGUGUUUACACCUGCCCUAAGCCUGGAUGACUUCCAGGACUUCUACCUGGUAAUGCCUUACAUGUUUACUGACCUGUCAAAGGUGCGGGGUCAACUCUCAGAAGACAAAGUCCAGUUUCUUGUCUACCAGAUGCUUUGUGGACUCAGGUACAUUCAUAAGGCUGGGAUUAUCCACAGGGAUCUUAAGCCUGGAAACUUGGCUGUUAAUCAAGACUGUGAACUAAAGAUCCUGGACUUUGGGCUGGCUCGCAGUACUGAUGCUGAAAUGACAGGCUACGUGGUGACCCGUUGGUACCGGGCGCCUGAGGUCAUUCUGAACUGGAUGCACUACACUCAGACUGUGGACAUCUGGUCUGUGGGCUGCAUAAUGGCAGAAAUGAUCAAUGGAAAGACCCUCUUCAAAGGAAAAGAUUACAUGGACCAGCUGACUCAGAUCAUGAAAGUAACUGGUGUGCCCGGGCCAGAGUUCAUCCAAAAGCUGGACACUCCAGAGGCCAGAAAUUAUGUCAAGGGCCUUCCUCGAUAUCCCCGAAAAGACUUCUCAAUGUUGUUUCCCAGAGCUAGUGCACAUGGGGUUGAUCUGCUGGAGAAGAUGCUUGUUCUGGAUGGAGAUGAGAGGCCCACAGCGGAACUAGCUCUAGAGCACCCAUAUUUUGACAACUUGCGGGACCCCGAUGAUUUCCCCAAACCACUGCCAUAUGAUGACAGUCAUGACAACGACACAUUGUCCCUAGAUGAAUGGAAGCGAUUGUGUUUCAGGGAGGUGAAAAGCUUUGUGCCAUUCCCACGGCGGGACUCCAAGAGGAAAAACACUCUGACCAUGUCUCCAUGAUCUGAUGAAUGUCAUGUAAUUACUGAUGCCCCAAACAACAAGCAUACAACCAAUUGUGCCCUUGUAUAUUCUAAGCCUGGAUUCAUCAUAUAUAUCUUUUACUCAGUUAUAUAAAUAUAAAGCGCUAUAUAAAUCCAAUCCAUUAUUAUUAUUAUUAUUAUUAGUUAAUAUCCUGAAUCAGUGUUCAAAAGAGUAAAACUGUAUCAUCCCCUUUUUUUACGUAAUGUGCAACUGUUUCCUAAAUGUAGCUUGUUCAUAGUGUUACACAUUUCCUGUCAGUGGAUUUUGGUGUGGAUUUAUUGUAACUAAAUGCUACAGGGUUUCUUGUAAGAUUUACUGCAAUGUUGUUUUCCAAUUAAAAAAUUCAACAUGA